AUUUCCCAACAUCCAGAAUUCUCAGCGCGAAGCGGAAAACAUUCCUUUCUCUGCGCUUGUCAAUUGCUUGUUGCUCGCUGCAGAUUGCGCGGUUUUCCCCGCUUCCCUCCGGCUUCCUCCGAUCCCUGCGCCUGGAGGGGAAAUGGCGGCCCCCGAGCCGCCGCUGCCGAUGUCCAGAGGAUGCCCGAGCUCUGCUUCGCUUUCUCCGCCGCGGGGGGACCGAACCCUGUUAGUGAGGCACCUGCCUGCCGAGCUGACCGCUGAAGAGAAAGAGGACCUGCUCAAGUAUUUCGGGGCGCAGUCCGUGCGCGUCCUGUCGGAUAAGGGGCGACUGAAACAUACAGCUUUUGCUACUUUUCCUAAUGAAAAAGCAGCUAUAAAGGCACUGACAAGACUCCAUCAGCUGAAACUUUUAGGUCAUACUUUAGUUGUUGAAUUUGCAAAGGAGCAAGAUCAAGUUCACUCCCCAUGCCCCGCUUCAGGCACUGAAAAAAAGAAAAGAUCUGAUGACCCUGUGGAAGAUAAUAAAGAAAAGAAAGAAUUUGGUUGUUUAACCAUUGAAAAUGGAAUUGCACCAAACCAUGGGCUGACUUUUCCUCUAAAUUCAUGUCUCAAGUAUAUGUACCCACCACCCUCAAGUACAAUUCUGGCAAACAUAGUAAAUGCUUUGGCAAGUGUGCCCAAGUUCUAUGUACAGGUGCUUCACCUUAUGAAUAAAAUGAAUUUACCGACACCUUUUGGACCAAUUACAGCACGGCCUCCCAUGUAUGAAGACUACAUGCCUUUGCAUGCACCCCUUCCACCCACUUCUCCUCAACCACCAGAAGACCCUCCUUUGCCAGAGGAAGAUGAGGAAUAUUCUAGUAAAGAAUCAGAAUAUGAAAGCAGUGAUGAUGAAGACCGUCAAAGAAUGACCAAAUUAAUGGAGCUAGCAAAUCUUCAGCCCAAAAAACCAAAGACAACAAAGCAACGUCAUGUGAGGAAAAAGCGAAAAAUAAAAGAUAUGCUGAAUAUACCUUCAUCUGCUUCACACAGCAGUUUACAUCCUGUGAUGUUACCUUCAGAUGUAUUUGACCAACCACAACCUGUAGGUAAUAAAAAAAUCGAAUUCCAUAUAUCUACUGACAUGCCAGCUGCCUUUAAGAAAGAUUUGGAAAAGGAACAAAACAGUGAAGAACAAAACUGUGGAUUUGGGAAAAUUUUCCCCAAACCUAAUUUGAACACCACGGAGGAGACAACAGAAGACUCUGAUGAAAUGCCAUCAGAAUGUAUUUCUAGAAAAGAGUUGGAAAAGGGAAGAAUCUCUAGAGAAGAAAUGGGAACACUUUCAGUUUUCAGAAGUUAUGAACCUGGUGAACCAAACUGUAGAAUUUAUGUAAAGAAUUUAGCUAAACAUGUUCAAGAAAAGGACCUUAAAUUUAUUUUUGGAAGAUAUGUUGACUUUUCUUCAGAAACACAACGGAUAAUGUUUGAUAUACGCUUGAUGAAAGAAGGUCGUAUGAAAGGACAAGCUUUUAUUGGACUUCCAAAUGAAAAAGCAGCUGCAAAAGCCUUAAAGGAAGCUAAUGGAUAUGUCCUUUUUGGGAAACCGAUGGUGGUUCAAUUUGCUCGAUCUGCUAGACCAAAACAAGAUUCUAAAGAAGGAAAAAGAAAGUGUUAAAAAUUGAUACAGAAGCAUUCCUGCAUAAAUACUGCUGUAAUACAGUCAUACAAAGUGUAUCCUUUCUUGUUGUAUCCUUUUUGGGGUGAUGCUUUUUUUGUUUUGUUUGUUUUUCCCCCUAAAAUUAUUUUUGUUCCUCUCCUAGUCACUGAUUCAGAUUAAGCUAUAAUUUUUAUACUUUAUUCAAGUGAAAUAUCUUUUAAAUGAUCUAUGUAAAAAAAUCUUUGUGUUUUGUGGACAGUGCUGAAUUUUCCAUGCUGCCCUUAGAUUUUUCAGGGGAAGUUAGUGAAUCAGGUCAACUUAUUUACUAGACUGUAAUGGUUUGCCACAGAAGUAAGUCUUGUUUCUUUUAUGUAAUUCUUAAAAUGAUUUCAGUAACAUUUCUUCUGUUUCAUAAUGUAUCUUGUUUCAGUGUUCUAUGUGAUUUGUAAAAUUUGAUUGGGGAGGGUUUUUUCUUAAAGAUUUGAAAAUUAGCAUGAGUGGAUUUCAGUAUAAAUUCUAAAUAAGAGUAAGGGAUCUUAUAUCGCAGAUUUCAUUGAAAUCUGUGAAAUAGAUAGAAAGUGGAUUUUUUUUCUUUAUUUUUCUAAGUAAGGCAAAAGGAAUUAAAAGUGACAGAAGGAAGAAGACAAUGUUGACUUAGGGUAGUAUGGGAAAAGAAACAAUCCUGUAGGUAUGUAAUAAAAUGGUUUGAAGACUGGUUGUUGAUCAUAAUCACCCAGAACAGAGGUUGUCAAUGUUAACUGCAAAUGAGAAUGACCCCAGGGAAUUUUUAAGACACACUGAUUUAAAGACUCUUUAUCUAGUGUAGUACCUCAUGCCUCAGGCAGCAGAGCUUCAAGUUCAAACUGCAGUAUCACCAGAGACCAGAGGUACACCUCUCUGAUAAAAAACAAAACCAGACAAACAAACAAGAAAAUAUUUUUGGGGUUUGGGCGGUGGUGCACCUGUUUACACACACAUACUAGGAAAUGUAAGGACCAGUACAACACGGAUCCUGGUUCUAACCCUGACUCUAUACCUGCAAGGGGUCGCUUCACAAGCAGUGAGGCAGGUCUGCAGGUGCCUUUCUCCCUCUCUCAUCUCACCUUCCUCUCUCAAUUUCUCUAGCUUAUCAACCACCCCCCCCAAAGGGAAAAAAUGGCUGCCAGGAAUAGCGGACUCGUAGUGCAGGCACCUAGCCCCAGCAAUGACCCAGGAGGCAAAAAAAAAAAAAUCCUAAAAAAUAAUACUGAUUCCUGGAUUCUUCCUCUAGAAUUUUUAUUUAAUUGGUUUGUAUACAGCAUAGAUACUAUACUUUUUCAGAACUACCAAAGAUUUGAUUCUUCAGCCAACCUUGAACACUGAGGAAGGAUUAAUACACUUAAAACUCACUGGACUCUGUAUAAACUUUAGAAAAAAAUUGUGACAUGAUUCACUAAUUUUCUGAAUACAAGCAUUUUAACUUCUAGUUAAUUCAAAGCUAAUGAAUAGUCCUGUUAAGCAUAAUAAUCUUAAUGGACUUCUGUGGUGUUUUAGGUCCCUUUUGAAUUCCAUAUUCUUCAAAUAUUUUCCAACUUUGAGGAGAAGAAAGUGACUACCAGGACUAUGGAACUGUGCGUAACAACUAUGAAAGUUUAUUUAAAAAUUAUAUAUACUUGCAUUUUAAUUGGAUUAUUGGAGAUGAAUUGUAUGUAUUUAAUUAUCCUCAUAUAUAAUAAAUUAUUUUUAUUUCUGGUACAAAUAUGUUCUGAAUUUUUUUCUUUAGUUUUAAUGCAUCAAGGAAAAUAUAAUUUGAUACUAUAGAUAUUUUUAUUAAGGUCAUUUUAUAAUAUUAAGCUACAUUUUCCUUUGAUUAAAAUACUCCCCUUUUGUUUAUUUUUUUUUUGUUUUAAAGUUGUUUUUUUUUUUUUUUGUCUCCAGGGUUAUUUCUGGGGCUAGGUGCCUGCACCACAAAUCCACUAUUCCUGGAGGGUUUUUUCUUUUAAUUUUUUAUUUAUAAAAAGGAAACAUUGACAAAACCAUAGGAUAAGAGGGGUAUAGCUUCAAAGAAUUUCCACCACCAGAACUCUGUAUCCCAUCCCAUCCCAUGAUAGCUUUCCUAUUCUUUAAUCUUCUGGGAGUAUGGACCCAAGGUCAUUGUGGGAUGCAGAAGGUGGAAGGUCUGGCUUCUGUAAUUGCUUCCCUGCUUAACAUGGGCAUUGACAGGUCGAUCCAUACUCCCAGCCUGUCUCCCUUGUGGGGAAGGGCUCUGGGGAAGCUGAGCUCCAGGACACGUUGGUGGGGUUGUCCGUAUAUGUAACCUACCAUUCCAGUAAAAGGAAAAUGUGAUAUUUGUGUACAUAAGCAAAAUUUAACAUCCAUAAAGUUCAGUAAGUUCUAUUUACAUUUGAGGAAAUAGAAGUUGUUUGUUUCUUGAAAGUGCUACCAUCAAAAAAAUUAUUUUCCAUAGACUGGAAAAAAAGAAAAGAUUAACAGGAGGCAAGUAAAAAAAAAAAAAAAAAAGCCCAUAUCUGCUGAAAAGUGCCAUACAUCUAGUCUCUUAAUGUUUAGAGGCUAACCAUUUUCUUUUUCAUUUUAAAUAUUUUAUUUAUUAACAUAUUUUUAAGAGAGGUGGAACACUAGAAUAUUAGUCUAUAACAUGGGACAUUGGGAAUCAAACUCAAGACCUCAUACCUACAAGUCUAAUGCAUUAACUAUUGUGCCACUUCCCAGCCACAAAAUUCAAUAUUUUCUCCCUAAGAUUGGAACUUGGUAAGAAGUGUGCAUUUGCUUCACUCACUCCUAUUAAGUAUCUCACAAUCUCACAACUAUUUGUUUAUUUAUUGUUUGUUUGUUUGCUUUUUCCUCCCUUUUGUUGCCCUUGUUUUUUUAAAAUUGUUGUUAUUGUUGUUACUGAUGUUGUCAUUGUUGGAUAGGAUAGAGAGAAAUGGAGAGAGGAGAGGAAGACAGAGGGGAAGAGAAAGACACCUGCAGACCUGCUUCACUGAUUGUGAAGUGGCCCCUCUGUAGGUGGGGAGCCGGGGGCUUGAACCAGGAUCCUUAAGCCGGUCCUUGAUCUUCAUGCCAUGUGUGCUUAAUCUGCUGUGCUACCACCCGACUCCUGUAUCUCACAAACUUUAUAAAAGAAAAGUUCUGUAAUUGGAAGUGUACUUUUAUAUAUUGGGAGUAAAUAAUAAGAGUAACUAGGUAUGUUUAAAUUACCAAAACAUGCAUUAUAUCAAAAUGCUGAAAAUUACCAAUAUUUUAAACUUUUAAAGUAACAUUGGGUAAAUACUAAUAAAAAAUGAAGAAGACCUCAAUAAAUGGAGAGGUAAUACUGUACACAUGGGUUGUUAAAACUCAUGGUUAAGAUGUGAACUCUGUGGCCCAGGAAGUGGAUUAAUAGUAGAACUUUGAACUUGUACACAUGAGGUCUUGAGUUCAAUUCAUAGAACCACUUAUGGCUGAGGGAUGCUCUGACUUUUAUCUCUUUUUCUAUUUCAUGAAAAAAGUAAAAUAAAAUUGUUUUAAAAAAUU